UUCACUUAAUGUUGAGGACUUAAUCAGACCUAUGUUCCUUCAAGUGGAUUAAACUACGCCAGGGAGCAUGGUUUUAUCCAGAAACGAAACGCUGUGGUCUGAAGAUCAGCCGGACGCGAACCGCACGGAACUCGAGCCUCUCAGUCCGGAGGUGGUGAUCGUCCCGGUUAUAUUUGGAUGCAUUUUUUUCUUAGGGAUUGUCGGGAACACUUUGGUGAUGGUGGUCAUCGGGAGGAUCAAGUCGAAGCGCUCGAGAAGCACCACCAAUAUUUUCAUCCUCAACCUCAGCAUAGCGGACCUUUCUUUCCUUCUCUUCUGUGUGCCCUUCCAAGCCACCAUUUACUCGCUACCCGAGUGGGUUUUCGGCGCCUUCCUGUGCAAGUUCGUGCACUACAUCUUCACCCUGAGCAUGCUAGUGAGCAUCUUCACGCUCGUCGCCAUGUCUGUGGACAGGUACGUGGCCGUGGUGCUCUCCAAGAAGUCUCCGUGCAUUAGGAACCGCAGGAACACACUCGCCGGGGUGUGUGUGAUCUGGGCGCUGUCGUUCGUCUUCGCCGUGCCCAUGGCACAGCAUCAGAUUCUGACUAAUCACCCGGAUGCCCCGAACAGCUCCUUCUGCUGGGAGAUCUGGCCCGAGUCGGUGGCCAGGCGCACGUACAAAGUGACCAUUCUGGUCAUUGGGUAUCUGUUACCUCUGCUUUUGAUCACAUGCUGCUACACCAAGGUAUGUUACAUUAUUAGUGUGAUGCACAUUAUUAUUAGAGUCUAUAACUUUAUUACAUAA